AUGUGUGAUCCGCUCCAGUCCAUCAUCAGCAACGACGCAUACCGGUUCUACAUGCUGCAGGACCGCUUUGACGACGAGGAGCGCGACCUUGACUUUUGCGUGCCGUCGACGAUGCUGACACCGUUGUUGUCCAAGUGGCAGCUGGUGUUCACACCCUUUGACAGCGAUCAGAUCUUCAUUGCACGCGCCGCCCCAGCGCGAUGGUACACGGCUGAAGGGUUUGGGAUUGACAACGCCCCCGCGCGGCUUGGGAGCGUCUCCUUCAAUGUGACGUCGCCCAGCAGUUCAAAGACCUCGGUCACCGUCACGUUCACGCCGGUGAAGCGGGCGCCAGUGGCAAAGACGUUGGUGGUGCGCGUGAAGAACGCGGGUGCAACAGCAGCGCAAAUCAAGGCAGCCGCAGUGUACACACAAGAUGACUGCGCCUCUGUGUCCUCGAUUGCACACGCCACAUCCGACGUGCACAUCACCCUCACCUCAGCCACAGCGACUUGCUCGUUCACCCUGCACUGCUCGCUGAUGUAA